AUGCCGGAGGAGCGUGGUGGUGAUGAUAUGGAAUGUGGGCAGCUGCCUUCGGACACCCUCCGACAGGUGACAGUCCAGCGCCACCCCCACUACGGAUUUGGCUUCGUGGCCGGCAGCGAGAGGCCGGUGGUGGUGCGCUCGGUGGCAGCAGGCGGCCCCUCUGAGGAUAAGCUCCUGCCAGGAGACCAGAUCUUGGCCAUCAAUGAUGAGGAUGUGAGUGAAGCCCCCAGAGAGAGAUUCAUCGAGCUUGUCAGGAAGGCCAAGGACUUCAUCAUCCUCACAGUCCUGCACACCCACCAGUCUCCCAAAUCUGCUUUCAUCAGCGCAGCCAAGAAGGCGAAGCUAAGGUCCAACCCGGCGAAGGUCCGAUUUUCAGAGCAGGUGACAGUCGGCGAGACAGACCCAGACAUGUUGAAGAAAGAAGCUCUCCUCCUCAUUCCCAACGUGCUGAAGGUUUUCCUGGAGAAUGGGCAGAUCAAAUCCUUCACGUUUGAUGGCCGAACCACCGUGAAGGACGUGAUGGUGACGUUGCAGGAUCGCCUGUCCCUGAGGCACAUUGAGCACUUUGCCCUGGUCUUGGAGUAUUCCAGCCCGGAGCAGAGCCACCGGUUCCUGCUGCUCCAGGACAAGCAGGCGCUGGCACAGGUUGUGCAGAGGACACACUACCAUGGCAUGAGAUGCCUCUUCCGUGUGAGCUUCUUCCCCAAGGACCCAGUGGAGCUGCUGCGCCGGGAUCCUGCAGCCUUCGAAUAUUUGUACAUCCAGAGCCGCAACGAUGUGAUCAGAGAGCGCUUCGGCACCGACCCCAAGCCAGAGAUGCUGCUGGGGCUCGCUGCCCUCCACAUCUACAUCACUGUCUCAGCCACCCGCCCCAGCCAGAAGGUCUCCCUCAAGAACGUAGAGAAGGAGUGGGGCCUGGAGCCCUUCCUGCCCCCCUCGCUCCUGCAGCUCAUCAAAGAGAAGAGCCUCCGGAAAUCCCUCUCGCAGCAGCUCAAAGCCCACCAGAACCAGCCCGGCGGCACCAAGGUCUCCACGGCGCAGGCGAAGCUGCAGUACCUGAGGAUCUUAAACGAGCUGCCCACCUUUGCUGGGGUCCUCUUCAACACAGUGGGACUGGACGAGAAGCAGCCAGCCACCACGCUUCUGGUGGGACCCCGGCACGGCAUCAGCCACGUCAUCGACCUGAAGACCAACCUCACCACUGUGCUGUCAGAGUUCAGCAAGGUCAGCAAGAUCCAGCUGUUCAGGGAGAACCAGGGGGUGGCCCGGGUGGAGACAAGCAUCCUGGAUGCCAAGCCGCUAGUGUUGCUAAUGGAGUGGCCUGAAGCCACCAACUUUGCCUGCCUGAUCGCAGGCUACUGCCGUCUCCUGGUGGACUCCAAGAAGAUGAUAUUCUCCAGGGCCCCCAGCCAGCAGCCCCCGCCUCAGAUUAUCAAGGCAGAUUACAUCAACGCACACAACCUCCACCGGCCUGCCACGGCGGGGCACACGGGAAAGAAAGAGAGCGGGUUGGUGGGUGGCUCUGCUGCCGGCACCGGAGCAGCCGGGGCUCCAGCCGCCAGGGCUUCGGACUCAGAGCUCAUCAGCUUUUGCUACCUGCACAUGCGAGAGCAGAGGAAGGAAAAAGAGAGCAGGACAGAUAUCAAUGAAAACCUGAUUUUUUUUGAGGAAACUCGUCCCAGGACCAAAUCCGACCCCACUUCCAAAAGCUCUGGCCAAGGCUACAAUGGGGCAGCUAACGAGUACGACCCAGAUGGCCAUGACCAAGAAAGGCACAGGAGCAGGGCCAGGGCACACACCAUAGACACCCACCUGCGGAGUGACACCUCGCACUUCUACUGUGAGUCCUGCCAAGCCAAAAUCAAGAGCCGUCUGGCCUCAUGCAAGGGGGGCAAGCCUGGCAGCACCCGGGACAAUAUGGUGGACUUGAUGUCACUUCCCCCUCCUGGGAGUGAUGAGGAAGAAGACGAGACAACAUCCCUGCUCCCCGCCAUUGCCGCUCCUCCUCCCGGCUUCCGAGACAACAGCUCAGAUGAGGACGACCCCAAGCGCCGGGCAGCUGCCCAGAGCCAGGAGCAGGGCCGGCACCUCUGUGGGAUCCUCUACGACGAGAUCCCUGUCACGCUGAUAGACAACGUGCAACCACGGACAGUCCGAGACCAUGCCCAAGAGCUGGAUGAUGCCCUGGUGUCCACCCUGCAGGCGCUGGAAGCCCUGGCUGCUUCAGAGGAUUGUCCACAUCCCCCACCACAGCAGACAGCAGGUCUUAUUGUCUUGGCUGCCAUCACUCCUGAGUCAUCCUUGGAUUCUGGCCAUGAAACCAACUCUUCAGAGCUAACUGAUGUCUCAGAGAUGGUCUCUGCUAUGAAGCAGCAUCAGAAUGCAGCCUACUUCCUUGCUCAACACAUCAACAAAGAAAACCUCCUGACCAGAAAGGACUUGCCUUUCCGAAUCCAGAGCUGUGCUGCCCAGGCUGUUCUCUCCUCACCCUACCCUCUCAGCUGCCAGGAGCCAAGCCCUUCGUUGAAGACAGCUUUCUCUCACCAAAACCCCAACCCUACCAAUUGCAAGAGCAAACAGGAGCCGCAGCAUGCUGAGCGGAGCUACACCUUGGCUGUCCAGCCGGUGCUGACCCCCCAGCUUAAUGAGCAGAACAGGGGGGCUGCAGUGCCAGGCUCCGAAUGCAAAGGUGCAGGCCACACAAAAGCUGCCUUUGAGGAAUCUCUGCAUGCCACAGCAGCCCCAAGCAGGGAGGAGGCACAGGAUCUACAAGAGAAGAUGCCCAAAGAGAUCCAGAUUAGCUCCAAGCUCCUCUUGGAACAAAAAAGUGCUGUAACUCCAGCCAUCGUUUCAGCUCCUCUGCAGCAAGCGGCAAAUGCAAAAGGCUCAGCUCCCCAAGUGGCAGCAGCCUCAAAAGAAGACAAGAACAUGAAUGGUACCAGCAGCUGUGCAUCAGCCAGCAGCAAGCCUUUGAAACUUAAAGGAGGUCCACAAACUUCAGAGACAUUAUGCAACUGUCAGCAGCAGCAGCAACUCUCUCCGCAGCAGCACUGUGAAGUUUCUCCAUGUCCUAAGGAAGCUCAUGGCAGUAAGGCUGAAGCUUUCCACCUCACCUCAGCAGGUGAGGAAAUGCUGCCCAAUAAGACUUUUGCUUCUAAAAGCUACCAGCAAAAAGUGAGUAGAGAUGCUCCAGGAAAAGCCACAAAUGGAGAGCCAGGUCAGAAGGCAGGUGGGGAAGCCACGAGCCUUGUCUUUCAGAAACACACAGCUCCUUCAAACCAAGGACAGAAAAUGCAACAGGAAAGUUCAGCCAAAAGCUUAAAAGCUGAGAGUGGCAAUCUGCACUCUCCAUCACCUGGUAGCACUUUCAGGAGCACCAGUGAGGAACCCAAAGGGCCAGUCCAGCUGGUGCCCAGAUCCGAGAGCCUGCAGGUCAGCACUGUGCCUUCCAAAAAAGUAGAAAAAGUCCUGGAGGUGACCCAACAAGAUGCUGAUGUCCCAGCUAAACCCAAAGCUCCAAAAGCUCCCUUCAGGUUGAGGAACCUGUUCUCUGCCACAUUUCCAACACGGCUGAAGAAGGAGACAGACGAGCGGCAGGCCCAGCUGCAGAAGGUGAAGCAGUAUGAGCUGGAAUUCCUUGAAGAGCUGCUCAAGCCAAAGAGCAAAGGUGACCUCCCACCACAGGAGUAUCUGCACCCUCCUGCCCCUGGGCGCUGCAGCUGCCAGCUAAGGAGCAGUCCUGUGCAAAAAGUGCCAGGGAUGUCCAGGGAGCAAAGGCGCAGCUGUGACUGCAAGCGGAUUUGCAGGGGGGUGAGGCCACCCCCUAACCAGUUGGUGAUGCCAGAACUGGAGAAGCGAGGGAGGGAUAAAGUUACCGAUGAUCAGAAGCAGGCAGAAGCCAUUAGGUUGACAAGCGUGAGCAGCCUUUCCAAAGGCAAGCGGAUACGAUCCACAAGUUUGGAGUCCAGAGACUACCGGUCAGACCCAGAGAACAGCGUGUCCUGUUUGACAACGUGCGCUUCCCAGGGGGAGUGCAUGGGUGCUCCACACUACAGGAAGCUCUUGCGUCGCUACAGUGUCAGUGAAAUAGAUAAGACUGAUAGAACAUCCCUGUCCUCUGACAUCUACCAGAACAUCUAUACAACUAAGCAGAAAGGCCCCCAGAAAGAGCCUGAGCCCAGCAUCCUUUGUCCUGUUCUGAAGAGCAAAAUCCAGGAAGCCUCUGGAGUGGCUGACCCCUCCUAUGUCCAGAUAGCACAGGAGAAAAAGAACCAGAAGGGGUCAGCAGUGUACUCUGUCCAGGAGGAGAUGUAUCCAAGUCCUGCUGAGCUGCGGGAUGAAGACAUGGAGGAUGAGAAGUGCUGCUCUAUCCGGUACUGCUUCUACUACAGGAAAUGCGAUGUUGCAGAUGAUGGCAGUGAGAAGGAUGAGCUGUCCUAUUCCAUCCCCAUGCAGAUACUCCCAGGAAUGAAGCUGGACAAUCAGAUGGUCCCAGUCAUGAGCAGGACUCUUCAGGUCCUAGAUGCAACAGCCUGCAGCAGUCCUAAUGACAGUCAGACCCAGGAAAUAGAUUUAAGGACCUCCAGUUUUGAGGGGAGCUUGGCAAAGAUCCACACCCUUCGAGGCCAUGCCUACAGCUUUCCCAACGGGUUUCUGCAAGUGCAGCUGGACGCCAAUGAGCUCCUGACUAUCCUGAGGCAGUGUGUGGUGAGCCCUGAUGUCCGGGACUGCAAACCCUACAUCUCCCAGCUGUCUGAGUACAAGCAAGAGCUCGCCCUCAAGUUCAAGGAGUUUCGGGCAUCCUGCCGCCGCAUGGCAGCCGUUGACAAGGGUCCUACCCACAUGCUCUCCGCCAUCACGAGCAGGCUCCAAGUGCUAAGCAGCCUCAUCGAGACGUUUGUGACGCUGGUGUACGUCGUGCGCUCGGAGUCCCAGCGCCAAGAGCUGCUGACAAAGGUGGAGGAAGUGGUGAGAAACUACACCUUCCUCCUGAAGGCUGCGGAGGAGUCCACGGCCAGAAUGCUGAGCCACCAGCAGACGGUGGAGCAGCUCGCCCGCCAGUCAGCCACAGUUGCCACUGUCAUGAGCACGCUUACACGCUCCCUAAAGACACUGAUCAAUAAGUAA